AUGGAUCAAGACGAAGAAGAUGCAAGAGAUGUUCUGGUCACAGCUGGAUAUACUGCUGGGAUUUAUGCAGCUCGUGCCAAUUUGAAACCUGUUGUGUUUGAAGGAUACCUGAGGAUGUUCUGUAUUGGAUUCACCAAGAGGAGAGAGAAACAAGUCAAGAGAACCUGUAAUGCUCAAUCUAGCCAGAUCCGACAGAUUCGUCGCAAGAUGGUUGAAGUCAUGGUAAACCAGGCCCUUCGUGUGAUCUUAAGAGUUGGUGGCAAAAUUCAUGAAAUGAUUGGAAAGGAGAUUGAGAAGGCUACAUCAAGCAUUUAUCUAUAUGUUCAUGUUGACUACUCUGAGGAUGUUGGUGUGAAGGUGGAUAGGCCUGCUGAGGAAACAGUACCAGAGGCUGAAACUGAAGUUGUUGGAGCUUAG